AUGAAGAAAACGACGUCGUCUCAGCUGAAAUUCUUCCAAUUUGUAGGGUUUCUUCUCCUAUCUUCAUCUUCUCCGGUGAUCUCUCAACCCAAUAUUUCCUGCACCACUAAUCUCUUCUUCAACGAUCAAAUUCUCUUCGACACAACUUCCCUCAUCUGCAACCAUGUUUGGUCUUCUCAAAACUACACCCUCAGAUACAAACAAGCGGCCACGAAUCUAUGGAGUUUUGUUCUUCAAGCACCCAAUAAAAACGCUUACGUGGCGAUCGGAUUUUCACCCAACGGAGAUAUGAUAGGGUCUAGUGCGAUGGUGGGAUGGGUGGCAAACAGCGGCGUUGCAAUUAUAAAACAGUAUGAUCUCACCGGAAAGUCGCCGGAGCUGGUGGUGCCGGACGAGGGGAACUUAAACUUGGUGGCGAAUACGUCAUCAAUAAUUGUAGAUGGGUCGGAUAUAUAUAUGGCGUUUCAAGUUAGAACGGUUCAACCGUUGAACCGGUUAAUUUAUUCGGUUGGAAGAACCGGAGUUUUGCCAUCGAUUACUACUUUUCGAUUGACUGAGCAUGCGGAUAUGAUUAAGACUUUCAUUGAUUAUACUACAGGUAUUCAAACGCAAACAAAAAUCAAUGAAUACGGGAAUCUAAGGAGGAGCCAUGGGAUAUUGAACAUGCUGGGAUGGGGAAUUCUAUUACCAAUAGGAGUCAUUGUAGCUCGAUUCUUCAAGAAAUGGGAUCCGCUCUGGUUCUACUGUCACGUGUUCAUCCAAUCAUUGGGCUUCAUCCUCGGAGUUACAGGAGUUAUCUGUGGUUUCAUCUUGAAGAACAAGCUUUCUGUCUUUGUUAAUAGACAUAAGGGAAUUGGAAUCACAGUCCUCGUCCUCGGUUGCCUUCAGGUUAUGGCAUUCAUUGCGAGGCCAGAGAAGGGAUCGAAGUACAGAAAGUAUUGGAAUUGGUAUCAUUAUGUAGUUGGGAGAUUUGUGAUUAUCUUGGCAGCUAUUAAUGUGUUCUAUGGAAUUCAGUUGGGGAAAGCUGGAAAUGAAUGGAGGGCAGCUUAUGCUAUCAUCUUAGUUGCCAUGUUUUUUGCUACAAUUCUAUUAGAGAUUAGGAUGUGGAUGAAGAAAUAGAACAAGAUUGAUUCAUACAUGCUGUUCUUUUCUUCUUUAUUUACAUGUAUUUUUUUGUG